AUGCACAAAACGGAAGUUGACAUUCCACCUACCAUUCGAAAACGUCUAAUUCAUCUCUUCGGACUUAUCGAAAAGGAAUUCGAGACUGUGUGCCAAGAAAAUGUUGUUCUGCAGGAAAAAGUGGAGUCACUCACUGAGAAAGUUAACGAAAAGUACUUGACGACUGAACAAUUUCAAGUAAAUUCGAAACAGAAACCGCCGACUGGUCAAAAACUUAAAACUGCAGAAAAAUUAAAAGCACAAACUAGUAAAAUUGUAUCUAGCUUUAAAAGUCCAUCAGCAGCUAAUUGUCAGUUUGUAAAAGAAUACGGCGGACACAGAGAUGGCUUGUGGGAUUUAGCGUUACCUCAUACUGGACAGCCCGUCAUUGGGACCUGUUCAGCAGAUCACACCGCAAGAAUAUGGUGUAUUGAAACUGGUACACCACUUUUACAAUACACUGGCCAUACGGGAUCUAUUAAUUCUAUAAAAUUCCAUCCCAGUAAAGAUUUAGCUCUCACAUCAAGUGGUGAUCAAACUAUUCAAAUUUGGCAGGCAGCCGUUAAUCUAGAUAAUUUAAGGGAUCGGGAAUCUGAUGACACUGAGACUGAAGAUGACCGAGUUAUUCCAAUAUUACGUACACCUUCAUGUACAUUUUUGGGACAUAAUGGGCCAGUUAUGGCCAGUGAUUGGUUACUGGGUGGUGAUCAAAUUAUUACUGCAUCAUGGGAUAGAACUGCUAAUUUAUAUGAUGUUGAAACCAGUGAACUGUUAAACUCACUAACUGGGCAUGAUGAAGAAUUAACUUAUGCUUCUUCACAUCAUUCCCAGAAGUUGGUUGUCACCGCUUCUAGAGACACAACAUUUAGAUUGUGGGAUUUUCGAGAAGCUAUAAACUCAGUUUCAGUUUUUCAAGGUCAUACAGAUACAGUGACUUGUGCAGUUUUCACAUCUGCUGGACCUGGAGGAGAAGAUAAAUUAGUAUCCGGGUCGGAUGAUCGGUCCAUAAAAGUUUGGGAAUUACGUAAUAUGCGUUCUCCAAUUACUACUAUCAGAGCUGAAUCUGGUGUAAAUCGCUUUGCUAUUGCUUCUAAUGGUGUUAUCGCUAUUCCUCAUGACAAUCGACAAGUUAUGUUGUACGACAUGACUGGACAACGAGUUAACAGAAUACCCAGAACAGCUAGAAAUAGACAUAGACGUAUGGUAACAGCUGUUGCUUGGAGUGAAGAUAAUCCAUUUGCUAAUUUAUUUUCUUGCGGAUUUGAUCGAUUAGCUCUAGGGUGGUCUGUUCAGUUAUGUAAGGACUGA